CACUCCACCAAGGCCUGCCGGCUUAGCGGACGCGUCUGCUUCAAUUGUCAGGAAGAAGGCCAUGCACGCUCGGCCUGUCCCAAGCCUCGCGGUAGAAAAUGUGGGGGAUGCGGCGAGAAAGGGCACCUUUCUGCGAAGUGCCCGACACGCGUAGAAUGGACGUGCAAAAACUGUUUAGAGCGUGGACACGGGCACUGGGAAUGCUUGAAACCGAGGGGAUACUCGAAGAUGGAGUGUCGUUGCUGCCACGAAGUCGGUCACACGGUCGACUUCUGUACAAAAACUGAGGUGGGGCGAUGCUUCAAAAUCUUUUCACCCUCUCAUCCUUUCUGCAGAAAUGGUUCUGUUCAAACUGUCAUGAAAGUGGGCAUCUUCAAGAAAGGUGCCCGAAGCCGUGCGACUACUUGA